GAGAGGCACAAGGAUGCAGGAUCAGAGGAAGCAAAGGCACAGAGGGUGAAAGAUGGAGAAGUAGGACAAGUGCGGUCAGACGUCGACAGCAAUGCAGCUAAAAUUCGACCCAGAACGGAAGGAGGAUGGAUGAGAGGCGGGGAUGCCUGUCGCACAUACAUGUGAGGCACAGCAUGGCCACGCAACCCACCACCAGGCUAUAAGGGCCAUGCUGCACUGCACUGCAGGGAUUUGGGGGCUUGAAUUUAACGAGCCGUCUUUGGUUUCCCUAACCAUCUCCGGCCCGGGCCUCAGUCCGCGGUCUCGAGUUUGAUAGCGGGCUGGAAAAGACGGAAGAUCUUCAGCUCAGCGCUUAAGACAAGCCCCUGUGUCCCAACCACCAUCAUGGGAGACAGCAGAGAUUCUCGCAGCCCGGACAGUUCGUCUGUGUCUUCCCCUCCCUCUGGCCAACGGUCACCUCCACUUGGUUCAUCAGCAGCAGCUUCCAUGACCUCCCUUCCACCUAUCAGCACCAGCGGUGUCAACAGUCCAGUCAGCAGUAUCGGCUCCCCCUUUUCAGUUAUUAGCUCAUCAUUAGGCUCGCCCUGCCUUCCUGGCACCCCUUCAGUUGGUUAUGGCCCAAUUAGCAGCCCGCAGAUCAACUCAACUGUUUCCAUGUCAGGGCUUCACACAGUAAGCAGCUCAGAUGAUGUAAAACCUCCACUGGGCCUAAAGCAGCUGUCAUCUCACAGCCCAGGGCCAAUGCUCUCCCAGAAACGGCUGUGUUCCAUCUGUGGAGAUAGAUCCUCAGGUAAACACUAUGGUGUUUACAGUUGUGAGGGAUGCAAAGGAUUCUUCAAACGAACUGUAAGAAAAGACCUGACCUACACCUGCCGGGACAACAAAGAUUGUACAGUGGAUAAGCGACAGAGGAACCGCUGCCAAUACUGCCGCUACCAGAAGUGCUUAGCCAUGGGCAUGAAGAGAGAAGUGGCCAAGAUGAACGACAGAUCUGUCCAAGAGGAAAGGCAAAGAAAUAAGGAGCGUGAGGGCGAGGUUGAGUCCACCAGUGCAGUGAACGAGGAAAUGCCAGUAGAGAAGAUUUUGGAAGCGGAAAUGGCUGUAGAGCAAAAGACAGAGCUUCAUUCAGAUGGAGGUUCAGGUGGCAGUUCUCCCAACGAUCCUGUCACCAAUAUUUGCCAAGCUGCAGACAAGCAGCUCUUCACCCUGGUGGAGUGGGCCAAGAGAAUCCCCCACUUCUCUGAGCUGCCUCUGGAUGAUCAAGUUAUUUUACUGCGUGCAGGGUGGAAUGAACUCCUGAUUGCAUCCUUCUCCCAUCGCUCCAUUUCUGUAAAGGACGGGAUUUUAUUGGCCACUGGCUUGCAUGUCCAUAGGAAUAGUGCCCAUAGUGCUGGUGUUGGAGCCAUUUUUGACAGGGCGCACAAUGCUGAGGUUGGGGCCAUAUUUGAAAGGGUUUUGACAGAGCUUGUAAGCAAAAUGAGAGACAUGCAAAUGGACAAGACAGAGCUGGGCUGCCUUCGUGCAAUCAUCCUCUUCAAUCCAGAUGCUAAGGGUUUGUCCAACUCGAGUGAGGUGGAGCUUCUGAGAGAAAGGGUGUAUGCGUCUCUUGAGACUUACUGCAAACACAAAUACCCUGAUCAACAGGGCAGGUUUGCAAAGCUCCUGCUGCGCCUCCCGGCCCUGCGCUCCAUUGGGCUAAAGUGUCUGGAGCAUUUGUUCUUUUUUAAACUGAUUGGUGACACGCCCAUUGACACCUUCCUGAUGGAAAUGCUCGAAGCCCCUCACCAGCUAACUUAAGAGGAGCCCCGAUUAGUCCAGUCAGGAGCCGAUGCACAGCAAGAUUCUCAUGAUGGCUUCCUGUGUUUGGGCUUUGGCUCGUUUUGUUGGGCCUUGCUUAACUGCAGCACCUGCUGGGUUAAUUCACCAGCACACACACAAAAAGACGCACACAAUUCUUAUCAACAUUGUGUUUUGUCUUGUCAUCCAUACAUAUUACACACACAAGGAUUCUUGAAAUUCCAUACAUAUUGUGACGUACAAUGUAAUUAAUAUCCAGAUAAGAUGGCUUGGAAUUAAUAUAAUAUUACAAAUACACACGCAUGCAUCUUCACCAUCGUUUCCCUUUCUCACACCCACCACAAUGACCAUAAUUAAGGAAUAUGGUUGUUGUUGUUUUUUGUCUCAAAUUAGACAGUAAAUGUCUUAAUCUUAGGUUAGGCUUCAUUUAUCACAUCUUUAGCUCACAGUCGAUUUGUGCAUCUACUUGACUGGGAUUUUCUUUUACUAUUACUUUAGUUUGUUUCGGUGACAUCUACCUGCACCUCGUAUUGUAUUCAUCACUAGCUAGUUGGGUAUCUGUGUGGGUUAAGCUUCAAAUCAGGUACAUCACAUCUAGAUCUGCUGACCACCAUCAAAGAAAUUCACUUUAAUAAUUGUUGUGCAAAGGACAUGCAAACACCCAGUGAACUAAUCAAAUCUGGACAUUUUUAUUUUUUUUAUUUUGAUUUUUUUAAUGCAGAAACUUCUUUAAGUUUCUAUUUUUAAAGUACUGUACUCAUGAAAUGAGAGCUUUUUCUAAGGCAUUGAAAUCCAGGAAAGGGCCUGGGAGCACUUUGUUAAACAGAAAAACAUAGUCCCUCCCACCCUGAUGCGCACAGUGGGCUUUGUGAGAUAAGAAUAUUGACUUGAAUUUUGUUUCCUUAAGUUUAGAUUUGACCCUUUUUCUUUACUUUGGCAGGUGUUUGGCAUUUUUUUAUCAGGUUGUGGCUCAGCAACCGAUGAAGCUAAAUGAAAAACUUGUUUUUAUUCUCUUAUUUUAUCUAUUUUUUCCCCCUAAAAUGUUUCUUUUUCUGUUUGUCAUAAAUGCACUUUUGUGAGUCGUAACUGUGUAAACGCCCCCAUUUUUUUUUUUUUAGAAAUGACCAUCUUUUCUCAGUUUUCUAAAAGAAUGUAAUGGGUAAACUGUGUAGGGUUUUCCUAUUUCAUCAUCAGUUUGUUGUUUUACUGCUCAACAAUACUAACCACCAGGUUGAAUGUUGUGGUUUCCAACAGUUCAGGUGCUUUGUUUUAGCAUCAAACACAAGUUUUGCAUCUAUUGUGAUUGGAGGAUUUUUUUGUCCAUCUGGGGUUUGUGAACACACAACCAGACAUCUUGUAUUGGGACUGUGUGGCUAUAAGUCUGUUGAAUUUCCUAGCAAGCAAUCAUUGAAAAUGUAUUUAAUGUUAGGACGUUAAAACAAAUACAAUACUUUUUGAACUGAAUAAGAAUUAGAGGUGUACUGUAGAAAAAAGGAAAUUCUUCAAAGGAAAUAUACUGAUGCUUAUGAAAAAUGAGUCAUGUUUUUAUAGUAGGACAUACUGUGUUUUUGACAUUUUUUAACGUAAGCAGCUUUUUUUAAUGUUCAUGAAAGUCGUAUGCAUGAGGAAUUUAAGAAGUAGCCCUUUAAUCUGUCCUAUCAAUACUUAAAUGGAACUGACAACUUGGAUAAAACUGGAAAGUGAAAUUAGACUGAUAUAGUUUAGGAAAACUGAAACAAUAAUUUCUCCUGGUGGUCAGUGUAUGUUUGUGCAGUCAUCUCUGUGAUUUGGGGUGUUGAAUGUUGUCUUGUUGUAAUGCCAUAACGAACAGUAUUUUGGAAAUCCUACACAUACUACCUGCCACAAUUUAAAUGUUAGUGGUUGUGUGUUGGGUCACUGCUUGACACCAUUGUAGGAGAUUGAAAUAAUACCAAAAAGAAAAACCACAAAGGAGGGGGAAAUCCAAACAAGGGCCUGCCAAACUAAAGAAAGUGAUGGCUUCAAGAUUUUUUUUUUCUCAACAUUAAACUUGUUUUCCACGUAGUAAAAUUACCAUGAAACUGUAGUUGAGCCCAGGGCAAAACCACACCUCAUCGCUGCUUUGCACCGACUCCUGCCGUCGUUUCCACUUGUCUUGAUUGACCUGACUUUGUUGAAAGUGGCACUUGACAUUUACUGUGACCGAAGUUUACCGAGUAACUAAACCGGAGUAUUGCAGUCAAAAGUCAAAUGCAGCUACCAAAUCAAAAAAUGGCAAACCACGAAUUCAAUAUAUGUUCAAAGUUAUGCAAUACUGGGGUACAGACAGAUUUGUUGUAGUAAGUAUUACAAAAUUGUAGUACAUUAGCAACGCCAAUCAUCUAGUAAAAAAUUAGAGUGAUCUCACACUUUGCAGUAUCGUGUUCUGGAGCAGACCUCUACCAGGUGCUACGUCAUUGAUGUGUCUUUUAGUUUAAGACUUGCACAUUUACAUCAAUGCACUCUAUAUGCAAGUUUGUAGUCAAAUUAGAAAUGAAUUCUAUAUUUCAAAAGUGUCGAUCUUUGUGACCCCAAAUCCCUUUGUCAUGGACUGCCAACCACAGGAAAUGACUAUCAAGUUGCAUUUUGACUGUGGCUGAUUAGACUUUGUUCUUCCAGAAACGGCAGUGUUUUUCUAUUUUAGUAAGACGUUCAUGAAUUGUAGGAUCUUGGAAAAGUUUGUGGCGUUCAGAAUGAGCAGUAAGAAACCUGCCAAUCUAAUAGUUCAAAUUCUUCUCAGUGAGAACCUUUGGCCUCUCUCAUGUGAUGUGGAUGCAGAGGCUGACAACAGACCUGUAAAACAGGCGUUCAUCUUUUUUUAAUGUGAGAGAAAGUUGAUGUAAACUUUUGUUCUUAUUUUGCUUCUCAAUUGUCAUCCCCCAAGACACUUGGAGGGAGAAUUCAGCCCCUUAUGCAACAUGACUGACUAAUGUUGUUUUUGAAAUGUUAAAAAAAAAGUGAGUUGGUGACCUGCUCACAAAUUAGCAGCACCAGUGAUCUUUUAUUGGCUGAAGUUCAGUCUGUGUACUAGUGAGUGAAUCAGAUGACUUGAAUGAGUAAAAUGUUAUGGCCUAUAAGCUUUUUCAAUGAUUUACAUUAUUGUUUGGCCAUCAUGAAACGGUUAAGCUGAUAGAAGAAGAAAUAAGGUAUGUGACUGCUGCCCAAAAUGAGCUUUAUCCUCUGCUGUGGCUCAGAGGUGACUUUAGGAAGUGCUCAGUUGGUUGAUGUCUCAGAAGCUUUCUUUCUUCUUUUAAUUUUUUUAACUUGUCCUGUCCAACAGCCGAGCAAACAGAUGAGAGCUGAAGGCCUCUUGUGUUGGACAUAUUUUACUUUAACAACAGGGGGUUAACUUUCUUUGUAGGUUUUCAGUUUCACGGUUUUCUCUGUUAAAUGUUUGGGCCUCCUGCACCCUUUUUAUACGUGGGGGCAGGAAGUGUUGGAGUCGCUAAGAGUUUGGAGUGACUACUACAUCUAUAAACUGCUCACACAAAGCUGGAUGAGGAGAUAAUCAUCUCUGUUAUCACGUACCGUUUUCAAUAUGCAGCUUUUGAAUCAUAUUUAGUCUUUUUUUCCUGAAAUAUGCGCUUUCUGCCAUUUUUUUAGAUUGAGUGUAGUCUGUGAUGUGAUUUUAAUGGGCAGUGAAAUCAAUUACCGUUCCCAUCCAUUAUAAUCGUGAUGGUUGUAAGUUCUCUUAGUUCUUUACGUUUUACUUUUUGAGCUUCGAUUACUUUUCAGUGGAAAAAGCUAUUCAGUUACUGCAGGUUUUGUAGUUGAGCCUCUUGUAGCUGAGCAGGCGUACUCAUUUAACAAAGGCUGGUGGCUGGGUUUUUCGAUUUUUUUAGACAGAUGAGGAAUCUGUCUGCAGCUAUGCCUUUAUAAGUGGCAGAAACUGUAACUUUGGCUGUGACUUGCCAGUUGUAAAUGGAUAAAUUGGCUGUGUAGAAUAACUGGAGGGUAUUCGGAAGAGGACGACCUGUUGCUACGUCAGCACAGCCUUGCCUCUUUCCUCUCGUUGUUCUGCUCUCUUUUGACUGCUUGGCUUAUUCAGUGACUCGUGUGGGCUCAAAAUGAUUGGGCUUUGUUUUAGUAUUGGGAUAUUAAAAGCAAACCGUUGAAUCUUGGAUUGUUUGAGGAUGUGAAACUUUUACUUCGAGUGAGUGUUGGCAAGAUGCAGAGAGGGGAUUCAGUGCCGCGUGUCCCUUCUUUGCUAACUUUACUUGACGGGAGAGCUGCAGCGAUCAGCGGCCGCUACGGAAAACCGUUGAAUCAACUGCACUGCCCAGAUUUGUUAUUACAGCGGUGUGCACUCAAGGCAGACACAUGCUGUGACCUUUUGACUGUGUAACAGUAUUGUUGUCAGCUUCUUUGUUACAUUUUGGAAUUUCUUGCAUUUUGAAGAUAAAGACAAUUGAUUAUGUUCUUCUUUUUUUUUUAACGAAUCACAAUUUAUGACUGAAGACUUACUUGAUCAUCGUGUGUAGAUUAGACAAGAGGGCGGCGUUCUUCCACGUCCCCUGGAGCCAAGGCGCAGCCUGAUGUAAUCGGUGAGGUGAGGAUUAUUGUGUGCUAUGCAGUCCAGAAACCUCCUCCCUCACUGUUUUUGUUUAGAAAUCACUGCCAAGCUGAAUGCAGCCAUCUUAAAUGCAGGCCCACUGGGCUGUGGUUGCCUCUGAUGUAUGUUGUGACAUUUGUGUGGCACUCUGAUGUGCUGCGCCUCAGCCUGUGCCAUUCUGAACAGGAGCCCCAACCAGAUUGGAACGGCACGUUUUGUGGCGAGGGGUGGCCUGGUUACUGGGUGCAGUAGUCCAGAGUGUGGGUCCUCCUCCCCAGGUGCUAGAGCCAUGAAUUGAUGCUUUUUAUCGGGUCUCAUACCAUGAGAACAUACAUAUGAUUAAAACAAGAAUAGAUUGACUGGGCUCUCCUAGUUCUGAACCUGCUCUUCAGCUGGUUUUGGUUGGAGAUUUUUUUAGCCUGGUUGUUGACCUAUUUUUGUUGCUGUGACAUAUGAUAAAAAAAAUAAAUGGUCUUUACUAUUUUUGGCAAAAAAGGGGGCACACCUUGGUAUUAUCCAGUUGUGGUAGAAGAACAUUUUCUGAGGAGUUGGCUUAAUUUGUUGCUCUCCUGAAGAAGGAGGGGAGUGAUGGCUUUAAAGGAAAAAGGAGAAGUGAGGAGGCUUAGAGAACAUGGAGAAGGUGUUGAGUGGUUGACUGAAAGGAAAAACAAACAUUUAUUUCCCAGUAGAUCUAGGAUCUUCCUAUUGUUUACUUAAAAUCCUUCACCCACUGUUUCUUUCUCGUUUCCUGUCUUCUGCUUUUCCAACUUGCUGUUCACUUCUUCUUUAUAAAGUAUUAAAUGCAAGAACUGUAAAAUCAGAAAGAAAUCUGUCACUCUUUUGUUUAAUAGUCUCCUUUCUCUUGUGUCUGUCCUUUGUCCUGUUUGUAUUCUACUCCAUUGUAAACGUGGAGUGGAUUGACUAUUGUGUGCUUUGGGGAUUGAAAGAAGAAAAAUAUGAAUAAUUAUUUUCAGUCAUUAAUUCUGAAUCUUGUUUCUGUUGUAUCAUGUCUGAGUAAAAGUUUUAAUACUGUA